AUGAUAAGCCUAAUCGGCACGCUCCGGGGCUUGCUCAAGAUCAAGCCUGUGCACAUCGACGGCGUCGUGUUCCGCUUACAUCAUGGCCCCACUGUGGUACUUCUGCUCGCCUUUUCUGCUCUCAUCACAACCAAGCAGUAUUUCGGUGAUCCUAUCGAUUGUGAUAUAUCUGGAGGAGCACCGAAAUCCCUGAUGAAUUUAUACUGCUGGAUACACGCAACGUAUUCCGUGAAGUCAUUGUUCAAAGAUGUGGACGGCGUUGAAAUCGUUUACCCGGGUGUGGGCUCCUGGAAAGGCGCUCCACCGAAGCAAUACGGCCAGCAGGGAGAUUACAAGUUCCAUAAGUACUAUCAGUGGGUGUCGUUGAUGCUAUUCUUCCAGGCGGUGUUAUUCUACACACCGAGAUGGAUUUGGAAAGCUUGGGAGUCUAGACGUUUGGAGAAUCUCCUGGCCCCUCGAGAGCCUUCCGAUACCGCGAGGUCCAUCUGGACAGGCGGCUUCAACAAUUACAUGUUCCGCUACGUCGCCUGUGAAUUUUUGUGUUUGAUUAAUGUUGUCGCCCAGCUCUUCGUGAUGAACCGAUUCCUCGACGGCGAAUUCACAACAUUCGGUCUGGACGUGCUUCGCUUUUUAGAUGAAUCGCCUGAACUCCGGAUCGACCCUAUGGUGCGAGUAUUCCCCAGAGUCGCGAAAUGCCAUUUCCAGAAGUUCGGCGCCUCUGGGAAUGUAGAAACGCACGACGCAGUCUGCGUUCUACCUUUGAACAUCAUCAACGAGAAGGUCUAUGUAUUCCUGUGGUUCUGGAUGUGGAUGCUCUGUACCCUGACGAUAUUCACCAUGAUUUACCGCAUGAUCCAGCUCUUCACCGGAGGGGCCAUCCGCGCUCGACUGAUGAAAUGGAGGUUCUAUUAUGUACCAGAAGUCAUGCCUGCUGUUCGCGACUGUUCGGCCGGACAGAGCUUCGUGCUCUACAUGCUCGGGAGGAAUAUGGACACGUCGAGCUUCGUCGAUGUGUUGCACGAACUUAACCGACUCCAGGGCAAAGCUCCCGGAUACGAGUCUGUCUCGAGAGAAGAGAAAAUCUAGCCCCAUGCUUCCGGUCUCUCGAGUAUGCUACCCCCCGUGUAAAUCUCGUGGUCGAUGCCGGCGAUCCGCUCCGGGAAGCAGAAGCGUCUCUUCUCCGGAUGGCGGGCGAUAAUUCAUGCCGCAUACCUUGAAAUAGCGUGUGUUCAAGGGCAGACAAUCGGAGCUGACGAUAAGCUGAAUCAUCAUGUCUACUUCAAUCCUUCCGCGCCAUGUAUAUCCUACUUUCACCUGUUUCUGCCAUUUAUAUAAAGAACUACUUAAUCGUCGAA